UACUGUAAUAUUUGGCAAAACUGUCCUAAUAGCCAGUCAGCUAUAUGUAGGUGAAGUGCUCUGAGAAUAUCUGCUCAUAACUUUGCUCUCCCCUGCCUCUGUGGGCCGCACCCAAAAAUUGCCACCGCUCAUGUACACUUUGACCAAUCAGAGCGAGGCUCAGAUUCUCCGUUCUUAUUGGCUGUGGGACUGUCCGGUCACCUUGGCAACGACGUUGGUGCAUCCCUGCGUGAGCGUUCACGAGCCUAGCGGUCUGACAGUUUUGUACUACUACGGCGAACAACAAAUGAAUAGCCAUGUCUUCAUCAACGGCCCAUAAAUUUCCCAUUCCCCGGAUACCGUCAACUAACACCACUAAGACAGCGAAAAAAAGAGGAAAGACACUUGUUGAAAGGACAGCUACUAAAAGGGAGGCGGAGAGAGCUCGAAAUAAAACCAGAGUAAACAUCGGCGUGGCUUAUGAGCGAUGGAGAGAGUUACGUGACCUGAGAAACUUAAAAUCGGACGCUGAGAUGGCUACAUUUCUUAUAGACAGUUAUGAGAACCUCACAUCCCCUACUUCAUCCACACCAUGCAAGCGCAGGAGAAACCUGCCUCUUCCCCCAGCUUCAAGCAUACAUUCAGAGACACUCUUAGACAGAGCCGAUGACUUCUUGGAUGCUGAAGAUGUAGAGGACACCAAUCCUGCCACUACCUUUCAAAGUAUGGAUACAAGUAUUUCUCCACAGGUAAAUGACAUUGAAGUCAUAACUGAAGAAGAAUUUAAUGACAUCCGGAACUCUACAAUUGGCUGGGCCGAUAACACCUGGGAAGAUGACAGUGGAGAAGAUGACAGUUGGUACCCAGAAAUGGAGAUGGACAAUGGGUCAUCUUCAGAGGAGGAAGAAAUUAUGGGGGAAGACAGCGAAUGCAGUGAUGACAGUGACAUCGAUUACGUGCCUUAUCUCUGUGUGCGGACUGGUGGAGCUCUCCAAAAGAGCAAAUGGCUGGACACAUUACCAGCUGUUGGUCUGGAGGAGACUGUUCAUGACCUUGAUGAUGGACACAAUUCCUCAGAAGUGAUACCACCGCUACCAGAGAAGACCCAAGUCCUCGGAAAGGAAGAUAUAAUUGGACAACCAGCUUCCAUUGUCUACCAUAGCUGUCUUAAACAGCUGGCUCAGUAUCUUGUCUUACCAAUCCCCAAGUGCAACACAAAGGACCCAGUAACUGAUGCUGAAUGUGGAGCACUUAGACCAUUUGAGGUGAAAAUAACUUCCAGGGGCACAUCAGUUGUCGUGGAAUGGAUAUGUCAUCAGGGUCACAGUGUCUGGAGGUGGAACUCCCAGCCCACUCUAAAAUAUGGGAUGCAUGCAGGUGACUUCAUGUUGUCCUCGAACAUCCUACUCUCUGGGAACAACUACGGGAAGGUGGCUCUGCUGUUCAAAUUCAUGAACUUGGGAAUAGUACACAGAACCACAUUCUUUAAAAUCCAGGACGCCUACUGCGUUGACGCCAUCGAGGACUACUGGGAUGACAAGAGGUCAGCCAUUAUUACCCGGCUGAAAUCAAAGGACAGUGUAGUGGCCCUUGGUGACGGUCGUAUGGAUAGUCCUGGGUUUUCAGCACAGUACUGUACAUACACAACGAUGGACAACGACAGUAAAGAGAUCAUAUCAAUUGUCAAUAUUGAUAAGAGGGAGACCCAGAAGAAUUCGGUUAUCAUGGAGAAGGAGGCUUUCAUCCGGACCUUUGAGACUCUCCACAAAGAGAUUCGCCUACAGGAGUUUUGCACUGAUGCUCAUUCACAGAUCUCGGCGCUCUUCAAUCCAACAAAAGGCAGGUUCAAGGACUCUGGUGUUCGACACACCCUUGACAUCUGGCAUGGGUCAAAGAACUUGGGUAAAAAAAUCCAUGCAGCAGGCCUUCGGAAAGGAUGUUCAAUUCUCCUUACCUGGAGUAAGGAGAUAUGCAACCAUUUCUGGUAUUGCUGUAAGACUGCACAGAACAUUGAUCAGUUCGGUGAUAUGUGGACAGGUCUUCUCCACCAUGUUCAAGGAGAGCAUGAGUGGGCCCUAUCUUGCUGUGAACAUGGCCCCUUGUCGGCCGACAGGGAGAAGGAGUGGAUCCAGAGUGAUUCUGAGGCCUUUCAGGUUCUGUCAGAAAUAGUGCUGGAUGAGCACUGGCUGAAGAAUGUGGAGAAGUUCCUGAGUUUCAGGUCAACCGCUGAGCUGGAAUCCUUCCAUAAUCAUAUACUGAUGUAUGCCAGCAAGCGAUUCAGCUUUAGCCCACCUGUUUACAAGGCUCGCACCCUCUUAGCAGCGUUGGACUAUAACCAUCAUGUUCACAGACCGGUGAAGAGGAAGGCUGAUGGCUCAAUAGAGUACUGCAAGCUCUACAAUAAAAAGUCAAAGACUUGGAGUCUAUACACUGUGAAGGUGGAGAAGGACUACGGAUACAUGGCAGACCUGCAGAGUGCUAUCCUAGAAGCCCGGCUGACAUCAGACAAGGGUUUGCCAAAGACCAGAAAAAAAAGGCCUAAUGACCCACGGCAAUAUGGGGUUCUUGCAAGCAUCCCACCUCCCACCACCCAGGACCUGUUGCAAACCCAAUUCCACAGAGGAGUAGGGCAAGGAAUGCAGUAAGAGACCUAGAAGAGAUUGGAGGUCCCAUACCAACUAAACUGGAGCUGACUGUAGGCUGCUGGGGGCUGUUUGGAAUAGUAUUACGCUGCUCACUUUUUGAUAUUUGUAAAUAUACGAUUUAUUAG